AUGGCAGAGCAGUUAAAUGGAGUACUUGAUGGAGUGACGGCUGCUUUGGAUGCCAUUAUGAGCGACCCCUUCAGUCGACCGGAUGCGCUGUGCACCUUGGCUGAUCUCAUAUUUUACACAUACGACGGCGACGCAGAUGACUUGGACAGUUCAAGCGGUACGGACACUUCAGUCAUUUCAGACUGGGGCAGAUCCGACAGCUCCGACAGCCCCGACAGCCCCGACAGCUCUAGUAAAUCAGACGACUCCAACAGCUCCAAUAAAUCAGACAGUUUCGAUUACCCCGACCGCUCUGACAGCUCUGGUAAAUCAGACAGGUUCAAUUGCUCCGACAGCCCUGACAGCUCUAGUGAAUCAGACAAUUCCGACAGCUCCAAUAAAUCAGACAUCUCAGACAACACGCACGGUCAGAACGUCGAAGACAAGAGCAAAAAUAGAAAGCCCAGAAUACACAAAAGGUUCGCGGUCACGGACUUGAAAACUGCAAUCCAGAUGCUGCUGGAAGCACUGAAAACGGGCACCAAAUAUAGUGAAAGGGAAUACACUAUAUCCGCUUAUCGGUGCUAUGUUCUUGUAACCAAAUUUGUUGGGUGGAAUGAUCCAGCACGAAAGGGGCGAAAACUAUUGCAAGGGUUGCUGGACAAAAUUCCAAGAGAGGACUCGCAGUCUGACCUGGUGGCCCUACUGGAUGCGACAAAUCAUCUUGAUGUGAGAUACAGUGAUGACUCAAGUGACUCAAGUGACUCGAGUGACUUGGAUGGCUCGUCGAAUAACUCGAAUAGCCCGAGUGAGAAAGAGAAGGUAUAUAUGUCUGAUAGCAUUUCGGAUAUUUUCACCCGGCCAUCGCCGUCUAGCUGGACUUGGAAGGAAGAAGCUUUUGAAUCAAUACAGGAAGGGUUGAGGCAUACUCCAAUCACUCGGUCCGAUUGCACUGGCCUUCUCAAGCACCUCCGCGGCCAUUUAACUCGUCAUAGACUGGCCAAGCAUACAAUCCAUGAGCAGGACAAAUGGAUCGAUACUCUACGUGAACGCGCAAAUGGCCUUAAAGAUCAGCCCGGACAGGCGAAGUGUUUGAGUGAGUUGGCAGAACUUGUUCAGUUGAGAUUUGAGGCGGCAUUGGAAGCAAGCGACGAGUUAGAUGGCGAAGAAAAGCCAGUUCGCUAUCUAAACGAAGCGGUAGAACUGGCGCAAGAUGCUUUACUGGGGCUUUCCGCGCAUACUGGUAGCCGGGCAGAUUAUAUUUAUGAUCUUGCUGAACUCUUGUAUGCUCGAUACCGAGCCCUUGGGUCCGUUGAUGACCUCACAGUGGCCAUUCAGUGGUCUCGUGAGGCAUUAAAUGUGGCCACACAAGAAUCUAGACCCAAAACUUGCUUUUCAUAUGCCGCUGGUUGUUUCCUCUUUGCUAGAUGGAGCGAAUCUGGAGACUUGGGCGAUUUACACGAAGCUUUCCGGUUGAUCGAAAAUGCGUUAAGUGGGGACCGAGACAGAGUACAGCACGCACUGUAUGCAGAUACACUGCGGAAUUGUAUAAUGGCUAGGUUUGAGAACUGCGAGAAAACCGAGGGUCUGAAGGCAGCUAUGCUGGAGUACCUGGCAAUGGAUACGAUACAUUUGAAAAUUCGUCCGAGACUGAAGGUUCUACCCCAAGUUCAGAUAUAUGCAAAGAGCCCACCACGAGACAGUUCGGAGCAACCCUGCAAUUCAAAAGUAUGUCUUUUUCAAGGCCGUGACAGAACAGCUGCCCCGGAAGACAACAUUGUUUCGUGGAACGAUCAAACCCAGUCAAACUAUCCCGCUUCGCAAUGGGUAAAGGACGAUACAGAGGAAUCUGAGUACGAUGGACGUCUACGCAAGCGCUUGAAGCGAUUAGAAAAAAGAUCGAGCCUUCCGACCAGUGAAAACCUUUCCAAAUGGGCAAUUCCAGAACAAAAACAGCAACGGCCGUACAUGAGUGUAGCCACGAUCUCAGAAUACGACGCAGAUGACGAAUCAAAAAUACCAGCCACACAAGCGAAAAAGACUAAGAAGCUGUGGAAAACGUCGACAGGUAAUAUAAAUCGGCCACACUCGAAAGACUCGAUGCUCGCACGAUUCGGGGCAAGGAAGCCAUUGAACACACCGUAUACGGUUGUUGCCAGCGAAUCCUGUUCACUGGAUCAGGUGAGCGAAAUCAACUUGUCAAGCCAGGGACAAAUAACUCAUCUAUUUUAUAAGGCCCAAGAUAAUGAACGGUUUCAAGUGGCUAAUGAAAUGUCCGCACCUCGUCACCUUGGAAGCGCAAGAGUGCUCCACUCUCUGGCGCGAGACCUUACAGAAGCUUAUAAAAGCGAAGGAUCCCGGGAAAAGCUCAUGGCAGCCAUAGAUAUUUACAGAGAGCUGCUACGAGCUCUUCCCGCCGCGGACCUGCAUGGGAGAAAAGUGCGAGUGGAAUUGAGCCGUUGUCUCUUCUACCGAUUUAAACUUCUCGAUGUACAUUGGGAUCUGGUCGAAGCUCGCUACCAUCUUUCCACGAUCAUUCUGUACGAUGCGCAAUGUGACCCAUACCACCUGCAUCUUCUCGUGACGUAUCUCAUGAAAUCCCGUACUGAUAUAAAAUUGGUCCUCACAUUGAGUAAGGCUGUCGUUGAAGCAACAUCGAGGGCAGAUAUGCAUAUGCCUCUGUAUCUUGGCGGUCUUGCAAACGCCUUCCAUUUUCGACACAGGAAAUACCGGGGGGCUGUCGAUGUGGAAGUUGCUUUUCUGACUGGGCAGCAUGUUGCCGUCUUGCCAACGACAACGCCCAUGGAUGCAGCAGAUGCUCUGCGAGCCUGUGUGAAAUACCGCCAGGGCUGCUUUAUUGAGAAGAAGGAAUAUUUAUCCAUCCACAAAGCAGCAAUCCGAGCCGCCGAGCUCGCACUCGAGACGUCGGAAAUCGACAAUCCACAAACCGGAAAGUUGAUGUGGCGUAUCGCUAAACUUUCUAGCAGUCGAUUCAAAUUCUCCGACAGCAAGAGUGACCAGAAUCAUGCUAUUAAGUUCUAUAUGCAUGUUCCGUGCUCUGUAAACCUAUCCACUGUUCAGCGGAUUUUUGCGGGUAUAUGGGCGUCUGAACACUACGUUACGAAGAAGAACUGGUCUAGCGCAAGAAGAAUUCUGGAAACCACCGUGAGGCUGUUGGCGGAUCUUCCCUUUACAUUUAGACAAGCGAUCGACCUUCCAACCGUGACCAUCCAUAAAAUCGGUGAAAUUUCUAUAAGAGCAGCAGCGGCUAUUCUGCAGGAUGGCGGUAUUGCAUGCGAUGCCCUUCUCGUUCUAGAAACUGGACGUGGUUUUAUCUCGGGCCAGAUCAUUGAUUCGCGCAGUGAUAUCUCGACUCUCAAGCGAAUGAAUCACGAAAUAUACGAUCAUUACAGAAUUAUUCGAGAGCGGACUGCGCUAUCAGAGCCAAAGGACUAUCCUGGCUACGCCCAACUCAAGGGAGGCAAGAUAAGCAUCAAGCGCUACAGAAACCAGCUAAAUUUGGCUCUCUUGCAACGCCACAUCAGGGGCCACGAGGGAUUCGAGACAUUUUGCCUCCCACCCUCCCCAGCUGAACUCGUCAACCUGUCUGAUCGCGGGCCAAUAGUUGUUUUUAAUGUCGUCAAAUAUCGCAGUGAUGCUCUUCUGGUCACUCAACGCGACGGUGUGAUUUCUCUAUCCCUCCCAGGUCUCAAAAAGAGUGAACUGGAGGAAUAUGCUACAAAGCUUAUGGGGCCUGGAAAGAUAACUUCUGGGUUACCUUCCACUAAAGGUUUGAGGCAACAGAGGCUGAAAGGAAUCCUAGAGUGGCUCUGGGAUGUUGCAGUUCAUCCUGUGCUUCAGCAGCUGAGGCUACUCACCCCGACAGGCCCUCUCCCGCAUAUCUGGUGGGUGACAAGUGGACCGAUGGGAAUGAUGCCUCUUCAUGCGGCGGGCAAUGCAGCACACACGACCACCGACUAUGUCGUAUCCAGCUACAUUCCGACACUGAAGUCAUUACACUAUGCCCGCGAGCGCAAUUUGCAACCUCUUCUCAGCAGUACUGUAAAUAUGCUGAUUGCUGCCAUGCCACAAACUCCGAACAUGCCCCCUCUUGCGACUGAAAAAGAAGUAGAGGUAAUCGCACAGGUUUUCGAUGACCGAGCAUCAAUAACUACUCUCAUUCAGCCUACCAAGUCCCAGGUACUGCAGAGCAUGGAGCAGAGUCAUAUAGUGCAUCUGGCAUGUCAUGGGCUAGUCCAUAUAUGCCCAAAGUGGUCCCAUCUCAUUCUCAACCCCUCCGAAGACCCAUCAAGCAUCAGAUCCGAAGAGCUUACGAUCGAGGAAUUAGUCGGGUUGCGCCAUGAACCGGCGCUCAUCGCAUACUUGUCGGCUUGCUCGACGGCAGAGAUGGUGGACAUUGGAACAGAGGACGAGAUCACACAUCUCGCCCAUGCAUUUCAGCUGGUGGGUUUCCCUCACGUGGUGGGCACCCUGUGGGAGACUGACGACCGAUGCGCCAUCGAGGUGGCGGAAACAUUCUACAAGACCCUCGCCGACCAGCUGCGGAAAUGCGGAGAAUCUAUCAACCAUGAAGUGGUCUCUUAUGCUCUCCAUGUAGCAGUAUGCAGGUUGAAGAAGAAGAAACCGGGCAAUGUGCUGGGGUGGGCACCCUUUGUCCAUAUUGGAGCGUAG